AUGGAUUUCCAGCACCGACCGGGUGGCAAGACCGGGAGUGGGGGUGUGGCCUCCUCCUCCGAGAGCAACCGUGACCGUCGAGAGCGCCUGAGGCAGCUGGCCUUGGAGACCAUCGACAUCAACAAGGACCCGUAUUUCAUGAAGAACCACCUCGGCUCCUAUGAGUGCAAGCUCUGCCUAACACUACACAACAAUGAGGGCAGCUACCUGGCGCACACCCAAGGGAAAAAGCAUCAGACCAACCUGGCCCGGCGCGCUGCCAAGGAGGCCAAGGAGGCCCCAGCCCAGCCUGCGCCCGAGAAGGUCAAGGUCGAGGUGAAGAAGUUUGUGAAGAUUGGCCGCCCUGGCUACAAAGUGACCAAGCAGAGGGACACAGAGGUGGGGCAACAGAGCCUGCUCUUCCAGAUCGACUACCCGGAGAUUGCUGAGGGCAUCAUGCCACGACACCGCUUCAUGUCUGCCUAUGAGCAGAGGAUCGAACCCCCAGACCGGCGCUGGCAGUAUCUGCUGAUGGCCGCAGAGCCCUAUGAGACCAUUGCCUUCAAGGUGCCCAGCAGAGAGAUCGACAAGGCCGAGGGCAAGUUCUGGACCCACUGGAAUCGGGAAACCAAGCAAUUCUUCCUACAGUUCCACUUCAAGAUGGAGAAGCCCCCUGCACCACCCAGCCUUCCUGCCGGGCCUCCCGGGGUGAAGCGCCCCCCGCCCCCUCUGAUGAAUGGCCUCCCUCCACGGCCACCUCUGCCUGAGGCCCUGCCCCCACCCCCACCUGGCGGGCUACCCCUGCCACCCCUGCCACCCACAGGGCCUGCACCCUCUGGUCCCCCCCAGAUGCCCCCACCAGCCCCUGGGGUCCAUCCCCCAGCCCCGGUGGUUCACCCACCAACCUCUGGGGUCCACCCUCCGGCCCCUGGGGUCCACCCUCCAGCCCCAGGCGUCCACCCCCCAGCCCCAGGGGUCCACCCCCCAGCCCCAGGGGUCCACCCCCCGGCCCCAGGGGUCCACCCCCCAUCUGCCGGAGUGCACCCCCAGGCCCCAGGGGUCCACCCACCCACUGCCGGAGUUCACCCCCAGCCUCCGGGAGUACACCCACCUACUCCUGCUGUUCACCCCCAGGCACCUGGGGUCCACCCAGCAGGCCCAGGAGUUCACCCCCAGGCACCGGGGGUCCACCCUCAGGCACCGGGGGUCCAUCCUCAGGCUCCGGGGGUCCAUCCUCAGGCUCCGGGGGUCCACCCUCAGGCUCCAGGUGUCCACCCCCAGCCUCCGGGAGUGCACCCCCAGCCUCCGGUGGUCCACCCUCCUGCUCCUGGUGUACACCCCUCAAAUCCUGGAGUGCACCCCCCAACUCCCAUGCCCCCGAUGCUGAGGCCCCCGCUGCCCUCCGAUGGCCCUGGGAGCCUCCCUCCUCCUCCCCCAGGCAACUGA